AUGGGCCAAUCCGAGACGGCGUCGGUCCGUGCGAGUAUGGACAAAGCCGACAAGCCGCAGACUGAACAGCUGGAGAUGCCCGACCCCGUGAAGCCCGGCGAUGUUGACGAGGAGCUUGAGGAGGCCCUCAGAAACUAUGUGCCCGGCUCGCCCGAGGAGAAGAAGCUCCUGCGCAAGAUUGACUUGCGUCUGAUGCCCAUUCUCUGGAUCAUGUACAUUCUCAACUACGUCGAUCGCACCAACAUCGGAAACGCCAAAAUCGCCGGCAUGGAGGACGACCUGAACCUCGAUGACCAGAAGUAUGCCUGGGUCCUGUCCAUCUUCUUCUUCGGCUACCUUCUCUGCGAGGUUCCCUCCAACAUGAUCCUCAGUCGGUCGCGCCCGUCGCUGUUCCUGCCCGGCAUCAUGAUUGUUUGGGGCGCAUUGAGCGCUGCCAUGUCUUCUGCUCAGUCCUACGGUGCCAUGCUUGCCUUCCGCUUCGUUGUUGGCUGCGUCGAGUCCGGCUUCUUCCCUGGUGUGCUCUACCUGCUGAGUUGCUGGUACACCAGCGGCGAGCUUGGCAAGCGUUUCACCAUCUUCUACACUGCCGCCACUCUGUCUGGCGCUUUCGGAGGUCUCAUUUCUGGUGGUAUCACCGAUGGUCUCCACGACGCCCACGGCAUCACUGGUUGGCGCUGGCUGUUCAUCGUUGAGGGCGUGUGCACCGUCGGCGUUGCUGCCAUCGCCGUCUUCAUCCUCCUCGACUACCCCGCGACCUCGCCCGCCCUGAGCCUCGAGGAGAAGCAGCUCGCCACGGUGCGCCUCAUCGCCGACACCCGCUCCCGCGAGGCCGAGGCCAGCAACGCCGGCAAGCUCUCGCACGGUCAAGCCUUCCUGGCGGCCGUCGUCGACUACCGCACCUGGUUCUUCCUCGUGCUCCUGAUGCUCAACGUCGGCUCGGGCACCAUCUCAUACUUCAUCCCGACUCUGACCAAGACGCUGGGCUACGACGACGUGACGGCGCAGUACAUGACGGUGCCCAUCUACAUCGUGGCCGCCUUGGUCGCCAACUGCGCCGCCAUCUUGGCCGACCGCUUCCAGCGCAAGAAGGGCGGCAACGGCGCGCGUGCCCCCUUCGUCGCCUUCUUCCUGUGCCUGGGCUGCGUGUGCGCCGUCGUGUGCGCCGCCGUCACGCACCGCAUCGUGCGCUACGUCAUGACGUGCUUCGUCGCGGCGGGCAUCUGGACGGCGCUGCCGCUCGCGCUCGCGUGGAUCUCCAACACGAUCAACACGCCGCCCGAGAAGCGCGCCAUCGUGCUCGCCCUCGUCAACGCCUGCGGCAACCUGUCCAGCGUCUACGGCAGCCGCAUCUGGCCCGACAAGGACAAGCCCGACUACCGCAUGGGCUGGGGCGUCACCGCCGGCUUCCUCGGCGCUGCUACUAUUAUGGUGCUGAUCAGCCCGCUGGUAUUCAGGAUCCCGUUCAAGGAGUUGAACCGCACCAGCAACGACCGGGUUGAGAGGGGUGACGUUGAGGAGGGUGAGGCGAGGUAG